CAUUAGCGUCCAGCGAUCUAUUUAUAGAUCAACACAAAAAGCACGUGAUAUAAACAUUGGGACGUCGGGGUUUUCAUCACCUCCCGAUUAUUUCGUUCCAUUGCUCGAGGCAUUUCGAAAUUCACCGUCAGUACCGAUUUGUUAGAUGUGGAAGUGUAUUUUGUUUACUUCUGAAAUCUGUUGAAUCUUGCAGUGCGUACACAUAGUGAAGUUUUUUGCUGUCCACAUGAAUUUAGGCCGAACAAGCAAGCAUGAGUAGAAGAAACGUUUUUAAAAAUCUGGACAAUGCAGUAGAAUACUUAUUUUCUGAACAAAUAGAAGCAGACUUGUUAGCCUUACCUCCAGAAGUGGAUGAACUCACUGAUGAGGAGCCCCUUGAAGAGGAGAACCCAUCCGGCUUGCCAGCAGAUAUUGCUGGAUUUAUUGAGCUUCAAGAGCACGAUUCUGUAGAAAGUAGUGAUGAAGACAAUGUGCCAUUAGCUGACUUAGUAUCUGUAUCAGCACCUAAAAAACUUAGGAAAGAAACUCCCAAAAAGCUGAUUCCAAAGUGGGAAAAAGUAAACCCGAGUUAUGAACACUUUGAACCAGAACAUGAUUUUCUGGAGAAAGAUGAAAAUUUGAAAACUUCCAUGCGCGACAAGACUGUUGUGGAUUUAUUUGAACAAUUUUUUGAUGAUGCCGUUUACGAUUUGAUUUUCGAGGAGACUAUGAGAUAUGCUGCACAGAAAAAUAAGCAUAAUUUUUCUAUAACAAAAGAUGAAAUAAAAAUUUUCAUCGGGUUUCUUUUAUUUAGCGGCUACCACACAUUACCAUCUGAGCGCGAUUAUUGGUCCGACGAUGAUGAUUUGGGGCAAUCCAUCGUCAAAAAUGCUUUGAGCAGGAAUGCCUAUCUCGAGAUAAAGUCGAUGAUUCAUGUGCAGGAUAAUACAAAAGCUCAUGAAAAUCGUGCCGAUAAAUCAUUCAAAAUUAGGCCAUUGUUGGAUAAAAUGAAUGAAAAUUUUCAAAAGUUCGGUUUAUUCCAAGAAAACCUUUCUAUUGACGAGAUGAUCGUAAGAUAAUAUGGUCACAACCCACUG